UAAAUUAAAGGCAGUAAAAAUGCUCUCCAGAAACUUAAUGUUAUCGAAAAGGAAAGAAAAAAGAUAUUUUGAUCAUUCAAUUUUAAUUAAAAACGUUUCUACAACACUACUGUUAUGUUUUGUAGAUUAUAUGAGGUAAUUAAUUGAAAAAUUAAUCGAAAAAGCCAGUGAAUUUUAGCAUCACUGUAACUGGUUCUGUUUAUUCAUCAACAAACAAACAAGAAACUGCUGUAGUGAUCAUAAAGCUCUAUUAAUUGGUGAAAAAAAAUUGUAUUUUAUCUAAUUUUUUCAAUCAAUGCAAUAAAUUCUGAAUAUAACAAUUGUCUUAGCUGUUUGAAAAACAUCUGCUCCAAAGAAUAUUCUAUUGAACUUUAAACAUCAAGUUAAAAUAUAAUUUUUAGCGAGUGCUCUAAUGGGUGAGGUAAUCAGAAAACGAAAACAACUGACACUUAGUGAAAAAUUAACGUUUUUAGAACGAAUUGAUACUGGAAAGAGGCUAACAGCCGUAGCUCGUGAGUUUGGUAUUUCAAACUCUACAGCCAGCGGAAUCGUAAAAGAACGAUCUAAAAUAAGGAUGUCUCACGAACAUUAUAAGUUAAACGGUAAUCGUAAAAGAUUGCGUCUUAGUUUAUACACAGAUAUCGAUGAAGCUGUGUACAUGUGGUUUAAGCAAAUGAGAGCAAAAAAUACGCCGGUAAAUGGACCUUUAAUUCAACAGAAAGCUCGUGAAUUCGGGCAGUUAUUAGGUCACAAAAAUUUCGAAGGAAGCAGCGGUUGGCUUUCACGUUUUAGGGAUCGACAUGAUAUGUCUGUGGAAGCUAUGAGGGGUCCUGAAAAUAGUGCAUACGAUAUGUCACAUAUUGGAAUGACAGACGAAGAAAUAGUUUCGUGUAUUGCGCAUAACAAAAGUUCUAAUUGUAGUAAACAGGAAUCGGAAUACAUAGUUGCUGAUGUAGAUUUACCACAAUUAAAAAAUGAAGAUAUUGAAACACCUCUGUACGAUCAGAUAUGUGGAGAAGGACAAUCUGGUGAAUCAUCUAAUAAUAAUAAUAAUGAACUUGUGAAUUGUGAAUCAGCCAGCAAUGGUCAUGAAUUCAUGAGUUAUUGUGAUAGUACAGAUGAAGUUAGUUUAUCACACAAGUUUUGUGAAACCUCAUUGUCACCCAUAAAACUUUCUGAAGCAGUUUCUCUUGCUCAAAACUUGACUUGUUUUUUCAAGCAACAAACUGAUAUUCCUAAAAAUAUUUGGGAUUCCUUGCAGAAUAUAAAUAAAUUUAUUGUAGGCGAUUUAUCUGAAAGAUUAAAGCAGAGAAAAAUUACAGAUUUUUUCAAUAAACUUAAUGAAAGUUAAUCAAUAAAGGUAUACGUUGAUUGGUAUAAAUUUUA